AUGACUAUGAAAGCGGAUGUGUCAACAGAGGCAGAAGGCCCCCUUGGGGGCCUUCAAUCCGCCCGAUCAACCUUGCGACUCGAACAGAUUGCAAACCUUCGUGCUCUCGGCAUUGGUAACCAUAUUGGCUUGCCCCAGUUGCUGGUUUGUGGGGAUCAAUCUGCAGGGAAAAGCUCAGUGCUGGAAGGGGUAACAGGCAUCCCAUUCCCCAGGCAAGAUGGUCUCUGCACAAAAUUUGCUACGGAGAUUUUGUUACAACAUUCAGCUGUAGAGCAAUUCAUCGAUGCGUCAAUUAUUCCAUCACCAAUCCGACCAGACGAAGACAAGGAAAGGUUCACCACAUUCCAUCGUCGGCUGCACGGAUUCGAAGAUUUACCAAUGGUGAUCGAAGAGGUCGGUCGGUUGAUGGGCAUUCGAGGUGUCGGUGGUAACGAAGUUGGACCGGCAUUUGGGCUUAAUGUACUUCGUAUUGAGUUCCAUGGUCCAGUCGGCCUGCACCUAAGCAUUGUUGACGUUCCAGGCCUGAUCGCGGUACCGAAUGAGGAGCAGACAGACGAUGAUGUGGAGACCGUCCAUCGCCUGGUCGAUAGCUACAUCUCCAAUCCUCGAACCAUUAUUCUGGCGGUUGUGCAGGCCGGGAAUGAUAUUGCAAAUCAGAGCAUCAUCAAGAAGUCUCGCCAAUUUGACCCCGAUGGGGAAAGGACUGUAGGUAUCAUCACGAAACCGGACCUAAUCAACCAAGGUUCAGAGAAGCGGAUUGCUCUACUGGCAUCCAACAAAGAUACUACAAAACUCAAGCUGGGGUUUUUCUUGGUCAAAAACCCUGCACCAAAUAAACUAACGAAAGGCAUCACGCCUGAGCAGAGACAAAAGGACGAGAUCCAGUACUUUCACACUUCUCCAUGGAAAGAGCAGUUACUGGAUCCUGAUCGACUCGGAGUCCUGGCUUUACGAAAGUUUCUUCAGAAGCUUCUUAACACGCAUAUCGAAAAGGAAAUGCCUAACGUGCGAAAGGAUGUGAGGGAGCUGCUUCAGAAGACUGAGUCUGACCUCGCUAACAUGGGAGAAGAACGCGAUAGUCCCUCUAAAAUGCGGAUGUUCUUGACGAGGCUGGCAAUGGCAUUCCAUCAGCGGGUAACAUCUGGAUUGAACGGCACAUACGACGAUAUCGACAUGGCAUUCUUCGCUUCUCAUCAUCAACACCCCUCUCACCGUCUGCGUGCUACUGUUCAAAACCUUAAUACGAAAUUCGCAGAGACGAUGAGAGAGCGAGGAGGAAAACGCCGCGUCGUUUCAGAUGACCAGUCUGACAUAGAUUUAGAUGAACAUGACAAUGUCCAAAUAGUGCUAUCUAAGAAUCAGAUGAAGAUGUGGAUUCGCGAGGUGUAUCAAUCCAGUCGAGGUAAAGAGCUUCCAGGAACAUACAAUUAUGUUCUACUCGCAGAGCUAUUUCAUGAACAGUCUUCCCGAUGGCUAAGCAUUGCUGAAGAGCAUAUGCACACUACUGGAAGUAUUGUUCGCGAUUUUGUGGAGGCAGUCAUCCGCCAUACAAGCCCUGAUCAAAGCGUCUCGGAUGAGAUUAUAGAAUUGGUCAGAAUAAGUCUGCAUGAAAAUAUGAGACAUGCUGCAGAAGAGCUGCAAAAGCUGUGGGACCAGGAAUGGCACGGAAAAUUGCACAUCAGUAAUAUUCAGGGGGAUAUUGAACGAUUCCUGACCGGCUUACAACAAAGGGUUCAAGUUAAUAUGACUGAGCAGGCUUAUGAUGAGGCCCUAUCAGGACUUCAAGCGUACUAUAAGGUUGCGAUGAAAACCUUUGUCGAUAAUGUUUGUAGGCAAGUGGUGGAACGUCACAUUACUCGCCCACUACCAUUGAUCUACUCCGCGGAGAAAGUUGCUAGACUCUCUGAUGAAGAAUUGUGCCGAAUUGCUGGUGAGACACUCGAGACGUCGGCGAAGAGAAAGCAGCUACAGGAACUACGGCGAAACUUAGAGAUGAGUCUCCAGGAGCUGAGCCGCUCAACCGUCGCCUGA